AUGGCAUCCGAACCUCACAGCCACGACCACGGUCACUCACAUGAACACGACCACGGUCACGGUCACGAUGAUGACCAUCCACACGAGCACCAACAUACGUUCGGCGACCCGCCCUCAGACGGCUGGCGACACACUGGCGUGACCGUUGUCCCCGCAAACAGCCUGGACUCAAACACCGCACAAACGCCUGGUAUGCAACGUGCUGCAGCUAUCACUGCCGCAAGGACGCACGGCCGGGCUCAGAAGCUGUGGGCUGGUACGGUGAAGAUUCACCCCAACGCAAAGACAGGUGCCCACCACCACGGUCACCUGGAGUCCAUCAUCUACAUCGUCAAAGGCAAAGCGCGAAUGAGGUGGGGCGAGAAGCUCGAGUUCGUCGCAGAGGCGGGCGAGGGCGACUUCAUCUUCGUGCCACCUUAUGUCCCUCAUCAGGAGAUCAAUGCCGAUGAGAAUUCUGAGCUGGAUUGCGUGCUGGUACGGAGCGAUGGGGAAGCGGUUGCGGUCAACUUGCCUGAUUUGGAGCCUGUGGAAAAACCAGAGUCUGUUGCAUGGAUUGACCCGGUUGGAAAGAGCGUUAAGUUCCUCCCGGAUCCGGCUUCGACGAGCAAGCUGGAUUUGACGCUGGAGCUGGCCUUGCGAACCGAAUCGAGCGAUCCCAAGCCUUUCGGCAACGCGACUUUGGACAAGUACGACAUGGGUCUCGCCACGUAUGCUACACGAUUUGGUGCCAAGGGCGGCAAGCCUCCACCAUCAGCAGAUGGACAGGCGUGCAAGCUCGGGAGUAAGGUUGAUGUAUGGAGCGAGCUGUACUACUCGAUGUGGAAGCAGACUGCUUCAUGGACAGUCGCUCAGUUGUGCGGCGCUACUGCGAGAAGAUCUCCAGAACUAGGCCCAGGUUCCCGUGGCCGCUAG